UGCUCUAUACCUCCAAUCAACCAACACUUGUGAUAGCAGAAUGGUAUGACUUCCACGUGUCACUCCUCUAAGGACCCCUAGGGUGCUAUAAAUACUUCAAGGCUUCAAGCAAACAAAAUAGACUACCACUGAGAUCAAGAGAAAAGCUUGUUUUUAUUUGUAUCAUUCAGGUUUUAAAUUACCUUUAGAAGCAAAGAUGUCGAACAUCCAAAAAAAUUUGAAGGCAGGGGAAUCCCAGGUCCAGGAUACAGCCAAUGCAGCCAAAAACAAGACCGCUGAUACAGCUCAAUCUGCUAAAGACAAGACAGCUGAUGCAGCCAAUGCAGCCAAAAACAAGACCGCUGAUACUGCUCAAUCUGCUAAAGACAAGACAGCUGAUGCAACUCAAUCAACUAAGGAGUGUGUCCAGCAAGGGACGGACCAAAGUGCCGGUUUCCUCCAGCAGACAGGGGAAAAGGUGAUGAACAUGGCUCAGGGCGCUGUGGGCAGUGUGAAGAGUACACUUGGAAUGGGUGACAAGAAAUGAUGGAAAAACAGCUCUUUAUCUACACUAUGAUGUCGUGCUGUAUUAAUGGAUUUUAGGUUUUUCUAGGUUGUUGCAAAAUUAUGUGUUGGGGUGAAAUUUGAGAUUUCUGUUAAGAAAUUAAACUCCACUGUUGUAAUAAGGCCUAGCUCUUUUGUUUUCAGUCUUUUACCUUCUUCAUUGUAGUAGCCAGAUAAAAUAUGGCUUAACAAUAAUGCAAUUGUAAUGUAUAAGAGUUCUGAUUUGUUUCA